AUGGAUCCUUACUCGCCCAUUUUUGAAUCAACACAGCAGAAGCAGCCGCGGUUCAACAUUUUAGAGCUGUACAGUGGCAUUGGCGGGUUUCAUUAUGCUCUCAAAGAUUUACUGGAAAUGAUGCAAAUUACCGAUUACCAGAUAACGGCGGCCGAUAUCAACACAACUGCAAAUGCAGUCUAUCGGCAUAAUCAUCUGCGAGAAGGGAAACAUGUUCUUUUGCAGCGCAACAUCAAGUCGUUCACUGCCAAGGAGCUUGACCAAAUGAGGCUCAAUCUGAUCACGAUGAGCCCUCCAUGUCAGCCGUUUUCAAGGCUAGGACUGAAACGUGAUCUCAACGACCAUCGCUGUGAUUCUUUCCAACAUCUCAUGUCGACGCUUCCAUUACUUUCACAUCCACCCGAGUUCAUCAUGCUUGAGAAUGUAAAAGGCUUUGACACCUCUGAGGCACACGAGCUUCUAAUUGAGACGCUGAUCAAGUGCAAUUACCAGUUUGCUGAAUUCCUCCUGUCACCGACUCAGUUUUCCAUUCCAAAUUCACGCCAGCGGUACUACUUGAUUGCCCGAAAAGCUAAACAGACAGGUGAUCAUUUGAGCAAAGCUGAAUACGUCGCAAACAUUCACAGCCAAGUGCCGCUUGUUGCAUCAGACCAAUCCAUCUUCGCUAACGAUGCCAAAGUCAGCUUUGUCGAUCACAUUUCUCUUUGCUCAAAAAGCAGCCCCACAGUUAAGCCGGGUAACUUCUGCUCUACCAUUGAACCGUAUCUCGAUUCUACCGUAGAGCCGGCUGAGUUUGAGCCUACCAGUGACACCCUACUUCGGUACCAUGCGCUCUUCGACCUGGUCACUCGGCACUCGACCAGCACCAACUGCUUCACCAAGUCUUAUGCUCAUCGUAUUGAAGGGUGCGGCUCGAUACUGAUGACCGCUUCAAACUUGUCAAUGGACGGUGUUUAUGCAGAGAUUGCACAGCUGAAAAGCCAACAACAAACCGAUGAUGCAGAUGAUGAAACCAGCGGAAAAAUAGUGCAACUGCUGCGGUCACUUGGGCUGCGAUUCUUCACUCCACGAGAGGUGGCCAACCUAAUGUCAUUUCCGCCGAACUUUGAGUUUCCGCCCGACCUCAAUCUGAAGCAGCAGUAUCGUGUGUUGGGAAACUCAGUCAACGUGCUGGUGUGUCAGUACUUGCUGAGGAUUUUGCUUGGCCUUAGGCCUGGAGUUGCAUUGUAG